AUGAGGGUGCUGUGUGUCCUUCCCAGACGGAAGUGGAAGUCCUUGUUAUCUCGCUGGGGGCAUUCCAGAGGCUGGGAAAAGAUGAACCGGCCCCAUUCCUACAUCUCCUUUUGCUGGGUGUAUUUGGCUGCUUCUGGACUCAGAGCUGUAGAAACAGCAGAUGGGAAAUAUGCUCAGAAAUUGUUCAGUGACCUUUUUGAAGAUUACUCCAAUGCCCUGCGUCCAGUAGAAGAUACAGACACAGUCCUGAAUGUCACACUGCAGAUCACGCUUUCUCAGAUCAAGGAUAUGGACGAGAGAAACCAGAUUCUGACAGCCUAUCUGUGGAUCCGCCAAACCUGGCACGACGCAUAUCUCACGUGGGACCGAGACCAAUACGAUGGGUUGGACUCCAUCAGGAUCCCCAGUGACCUAGUGUGGAGGCCGGACAUUGUCCUGUACAACAAAGCUGACGACGAGUCUUCAGAACCUGUAAACACCAAUGUGGUCCUGCGGUAUGAUGGGCUCAUCACCUGGGAUUCACCAGCCAUCACCAAAAGCUCCUGUGUGGUCGAUGUCACCUAUUUCCCCUUCGACAGCCAGCAGUGCAACCUGACAUUUGGUUCCUGGACCUACAACGGCAACCAGGUGGACUUAUUCAAUGCCCUGGACAGUGGCGACCUCUCCGACUUCAUUGAAGAUGUGGAAUGGGAGGUCCAUGGCAUGCCUGCAGUGAAGAAUGUCAUCUCCUAUGGCUGCUGCUCGGAGCCAUACCCAGACGUGACCUUCACUCUCCUUCUCAAGAGGAGGUCCUCCUUCUACAUCGUCAACCUCCUCAUCCCCUGUGUCCUCAUAUCAUUUCUCGCUCCUUUGAGUUUUUAUCUCCCAGCAGCCUCAGGGGAGAAGGUCUCUCUGGGAGUGACCAUCCUAUUGGCUAUGACUGUAUUUCAGCUAAUGGUGGCAGAGAUCAUGCCGGCCUCAGAAAAUGUGCCUCUGAUAGGCAAAUACUACAUAGCCACCAUGGCCUUGAUCACGGCCUCCACAGCCCUUACCAUCAUGGUCAUGAACAUCCACUUCUGUGGGGCCGAGGCCCGGCCAGUGCCACACUGGGCCAAGGUGGUCAUCCUGAAGUACAUGUCCAGGAUCUUGUUUGUCUACGAUGUGGGUGAGAGCUGCCUCAGCCCCCGACACAGCCAGGAGCCAGAACAAAUCAUGAAGGUUUAUAACACACUCCCAGGGUCCAACCUGAAAACAUCCAGAAACAAAGACCUUUCCAGAAAGAAGGAAAUGAACAAACUCUUAAAGAAUGACCUAGGGUACCAGGGUGGAACCCCUCAGAACACUGAUAGCUCCUGUGCUCGCUACGAAGUGCUGACGAGAAAUAUUGAGUACAUUGCCAAGUGCCUCAAAGACCACAAGGCCACCAACUCCAAGGGCAGUGAGUGGAAGAAGGUUGCCAGAGUCAUAGACCGGUUUUUCAUGUGGAUUUUUUUUGUUAUGGUGUUUGUCAUGACCAUUUUGAUCAUAGCAAGGGCAGAUUAGGACCAAAGAGAAAGGAGUGGGUUGGUGGGCAUUAGAUACUUGGGAAAAAUCUAUAAAAUUCCCCUGUGAACUAUUCCAAUGUUUGAGUCUGGUUGCUAUUCAUAUGUAAUUGAGGGGAUAUGUUGCAUAUGCUUUUAUUUUUAACUUCGAUCAAUAUCAUAGCUGUGUGUCAGGGGAUCCAGACUUUCAAGGGUACAGAGAUGAAGGAAAUGAAAGGACCCUUUUCAUAGCCUCCACAAUGGUGAGUAGCAGGCCUCAAAUUUACAUAAUUCUUUAUCUCUCUAUCAUUGUACACAAUAAAGCAGUCCAUUUCUGCUUAAAAUUUAAAGCAAGAAAAGACAAAACAAACAAAUUUUCUCUAAGUCCUUAAUAAAACAUUUUUUUUUUGCAAAAGGAAAGAGUUGCAUAUACUUCGCAUGAUAGAUGCCUCAGGGCAUCUUGUAAUCCAGGUCUCAGAUGGCAAAUUAAAGAUUUUGUUCUGGCUAGUUUAUGGUGAGUACACCACACCUGUAAUUCUAGCACUGGGGAGGCAGAGCCUGAGGACCACCCAAGUGCAAGGCCGGCCUGGUCUAUAUGAAGGCUACAUAACAAGAUCCUAUCUCAAAAAUAAAUUAAUUAAUAAAUAAAUAAAUAGACACAACAAUAACAACAGCAAGAUUUUUGUCCCACAGAAAGUCUGGUGUCAGAUAUUAAAGGGAAAGAGUUUGUUUUCAUAACAGUGAUCCCAUGAAUGUUACUUUGUACUCUAAAGAUAAGGUCAUUGCUAUAUUAAGUCUUUAAUUAAAAUAAGAUAGUUGAGGUUGUGCUUGUAAUAAGUCUGUGGUCAAACCAA